GUGUCCAUGAAUCAAGCAUCAAAGUACGUACUGUCCCUUGGGGAUGGAUGGGAUUGCUUUUCCAGUAUGCCAUAUGUCGCCCUUCGUUCAUUCCGGUUCAUGGUGUGCAAAUGCCAAAGUCCUCACCAAUCGACUGGUGCGGCCACCCCACAGUGGCAUUUGAGGUGUCCCAGCCAGUCCCGUCCUGGUCUGAUUUCGGUUGAGUGUAGCUGUUGCCAAACUCCUGUCAGCACAUUCAAGAGAUACAUACCCUAUGAACAAGACCCCCGACACGCCGUUUUUGAGGCGAUGCAAACGGUUGUCCAUGGAGCCGCUGGGCCGUGACGAGUACCUGCAGCACGUCAAGCUCACCCACGCCAAAGCGCAUGCGUUAAUGUACACGCCUCCCACGAGUCGAUUUCGCUUUCUCAAGCACGUGGACGGCAUCGACGUGUCCGACGACCCGGCAGCGUGGACGUGCCGCGUGAAGGCGACGAUGACGCUGCGCCGACCCGCGUCCGCCGUGAUGGCGUCGAUGGCAGGCAUGGCACGCAGCAGCCACGACUUUCGUCUGCAUUUUUACCGGUACUUUCGCCAGUCGUUUGUGGACGGCAUGCAUUUGCACUGCGACAGCAAGAGUGACCACGUAUCCGUGAAUUACUUGGUCCUGCGUCGCGAAGACAACACGACGUACGACAUGACGUUUGCCGCGACGACCAUGACCUUUGGCCGGUUGCCAGGCCAGGAGAAAGAGAAAAAGAACAGGGACCAAGGACUAGUGGUCGUGCCGCUCCAAGCGUGUCAGGUGGGGGUCCAGGUGUGGGAAUCCGUGGUCGUGCCCGGGUUGGACGACGACGAGUCGGACAAGGACGAGACGGCGUCCCACGGCAGUGGCGGCAGCGGCGGUAAGUCGUCCUCGUCGCACGACUCGCACCGUCGAGUGGCGAUGGUCACGUCUGGCAUUGUCGUGGAAGCGCUAGACCCAACGCAGUGUCGCGUAUCCGUGGUGCUCCAGUUUGGCCAACAACAAGAUGAAUCGGCUCGAUCUACGACCACGAACGGCAUGUCCAUCUGGCAGCAGCGCCUCGCGCAGUCAGCACUAGCGUCCCUCCGGACGGAGCUCGUCGUGCUGGUCCCCCAAACCCUGUGGAUGUUCAACGAGUACUGCUACCUGUGCUACAAAACGUUUGGGACGUUCACAAGACGCCACCACUGCCGCCUUUGUGGCCACUCGAUUUGCUCAAAAUGCACGGAGAACGUCCCGACCGACGCUAUGGGGGUUCUGCAGUCGGACGAACCCACGACCAAGAAGUCCGUGGCCACUUGCCGUCCGUGUGGCCGGCGCGUGUGCGGAGAUGCCGACGAAGGCGCGGCCGAGUACCUGCCGGCGGCGGCGGCGUCGUCCGUGGCGGGCUUCGACGGGGCGCUGUCUGCCAUGCAUGCAAAGAUGGCCGCCACGAGUCUGUCGAGCUCAGACGAGAAACCGAUCAACUUGAUCAUGGACCCUCGACAUCACUUGUCCAUGCGGUCCACGUGCGUGUCGUCCGAGAUGCUGCCACACUCUGAUCGAUCGGGGGGUGCCGUCGAUGACAUUGUGCUGUUUCAACACACGGCAGCCUCCACGCGGCACCUCCAGCAGUCCUCCACCUCCUAUGACCAAGCGCCGCUGCAUGGUCGGCGGUUCUCCCAGCACUCGAGUGGCGAAAGGUCGAGCGACAAGUCGUCGAGCGAUCGGUCGCAGUCGUCGUGGGGAAGUUGAUGACCUGCAGCUGAAAGUGAGUUGGCUUUUGUAGCUAACGUAGCUCGAGCCACGACUUAGCAAGGGGUUGCCGUUGACUUAUUUGUGUAAAGAAUGUGAUGGUGACGUAAUGCAUGGCAGGAAUGUUAC